AUGCACGAUUUUUACUAUUCUAGAUUGCUCGGCGACCCUACCAAAUUUCAGCCUCGCCUCGGUAACCGCUAUGUCGAAUUUCUGAUGUCAAAUGUCAACGAUCAGAAAAUUAUUGACCGGAAAAUUGAGGAAGCUGACAUCAAGGGCUGGGUUGAGCAAGAAGGUCGCUCCGACCAUAUCGCCGAUGUGCGUCAUAAAGCUCUGCACAACAGGACGCCAUACCUUCGACUUCUGAUCGGAAGUCCGGAGCAGCACCAGAGUGAUGCAAAGAUUUUACCGUUGCCCAUCUCCCGGGAGACCUUUGAAGCAGUCAGAACGGCAUGGGGCUUGCCCAAGGAGCUCCUUCGGAUGAUGCUGAGCAGCCUCCCAAUAACCAAUGAAUUCAGAGCCAGCGACUCGCUGGGCCGUUCUAUUACCGGUAUCAUGGUUCGAAGCGCAAGAUCUCGGGACUGGAAUUUCUGCUUAGCUCUUGCUUACAAUGAAGCAACGGGUGUUCUGCACGGCCUUCUAAAUGGCAUGCAGGCUGGAGAAAUUCAAAUGCUUCUCCAAUGCCUCCAAGAAUCCAGCCAGGAGCUCUCGGACCACAUGCUACUUCCGAUUUUUCUCCUCGAGCUGAAGGUUCAUUACUUCGCCGUUCUUCUUGAGAAGCGCGCAGCAGGUAUCGAAGAGAUUGAAUACAUGACCGGCAUGAGACACGGCUUCUCUUCGAACCCAAGACGUAAUCCUGUGAAAGACACUGAGCGGGAGAGACUUCUCAAAGACUUGGACUUUGAUCAAAUAACUCAGAAGCUUACAGGACUCACUGGUACUCUGAGCUUUUGCCAUAUGACCUUCACCUCAAGCUUGCGGGCUUUAGAGGCAGUCACGGCUGUCAGAAUCAGGCUUCUCGCCGGCCAGAGGACACUAAGAGAGGUUGAUACAAGAAUCACAUACCUCAGAGAACUGAUUGUUGGCUCCCAAGCACUCGGCGGAGUGCUUUCGGAUCGGACAAAGGCUCAAGUCCAAACGGUUUACAGCUUGAUUGGUCAGAAGGACAACCGACUGAAUAUCGAAACGGCUGCAGCCUCUCGUAAAAUUGCCGAGAUCAGCCUUCUCCACAAUACAGCGAUGAAGGAUAUGGCGGAGGAUUCCAGAAACAUCGCAAUCAUGACCCGCAAGGACAGCAAUGAUAUGCGAAUCAUUGCAGUAGUGACGCUCUCCUUCCUGCCUGGAACCUUUAUGGCGACGCUUUUUUCCGCUGGCUUUUUCAACUUCUUCCCGGGACAGGACAGCUCCGAUCAAGUCGUUUCAAGAUGGAUAUGGCUGUAUUUUGUGCUUACUGGAGGAGCAACAAUCAUUGUGUUUCUUGCCUGGUUCUGGUCUUCGAAGAGACAAAAUCAGGAAAUCCUAACCGUCAUCAGAGACCCCUUGGCUCCAGAUAAUGAGGCACCUCAGGACGAGGUCCGCGCUUAUUCCAACUCGGACAUGCGUCAACCUUCCAUUCCCGGGUUAUGGAGUGAACGCUCCGGUUCCAUCGGACCGGGUGGUGAUAUCGGCCCCAUUACUUCGAUCGGAAGCUCAGCCAAAGUCUCCGGCUAA